UAAAGGGAAGGAAACGCAAACCGUUAAAGUCUAUUUGAUCAUUGGCAACGGCAUUUUUAGUUGUUUUCCCCAAGAAUACCAAAUACAUAUUUGAAUAAAUAAACCAUAAAACGCCAUUGGUCUUAAUGAUAGUAAUGUACACUUAAACGUGGAUUAGAAUGAGCUAAUAAAUCAAUGUUCAUUUUUUUAGUUGAACGUUGAAUGUGCCGCUGGGAAUGAGCAGAUGACUAGUGGCGAGUCUCAGGCAGGGCAGCGCCAGUACAGUUAGCACGAACGUGUGAGGAAAGUUUCUCUCAAAACAUCUGAAAAUCAUCCCACAGUCUUUAAAAACCACCCGGACGAGACAAUCUCAUCGAUCAUGAAGACGAACGCGUUUCCGCGGGAUUUGGGAUAGAAAGUGUCUGUCAAACAUAUAAACAACACAACCACACACAUCUGUCAGACAUCACACACACACAUUAGCUGUCUGACUGCACGUUUACACACACACACACACACACACACACAAAACAUAUAACAGCUCAUUCAGACACCUGUCAUUGUGUAAUGAUGAAGGUGAUGACGAUGAUGAUGACGAUGAGGGCCUGACUGCUGACACACACACACACACACACACACACGAUGGGCUCGUCUCUGAGUGAACCCUGUAUCUAUGAUAAGCUAUCAGAGAGUAUUGAUAUACUGCGGCAGUCGGGUUAUCGUUAUGGGAUGUCCGAGAGAGAGAUCGAGAAGUUCAUCAAACAGGUUUUAGAGACGAAUGAACCUCGCAGAGAUCCACCGCAGUUCCCCAUCCUCAGAGCUGCCGUCAAGUUUUUAGUUGCCGUUGGGGUUCUGUUGAUGGCCGUCCUGGCGCUUACGUACCCCCAGAGCCCGCCCGUCCUGGAGCACCUGAGGGCCGCGGGACACAACCGGUCGUCCCCGCUGAGUCACAUCCGUCUGCUGUCACUGCCCAUCGCUGGAAAAUACAACCUGCACGGGUUCCAUGAGCGGUGGGCGGCAGGCACUCUGCAGACGGCUCAUGUCAACUGCUCCGCCUGCGCAGACGUGACUGCGGUGCUGGAAGUGAUGCUGAGCGAGUCUGCAGUGAUGCACGGAGACACACAACCCAUACUGCUGAAGGGUGGAGAGUUUGUGUCUCAGCAUGUUUCUCAGCUCGAUCAGUUCUCCAGAGUUUCUCAGACGGAGUCAAACGCACAAACUCCGGCAAACUUCACUCUGCUCUGGAGUUUCUCGUCCAGUCACACAGAGACGCUUCUCCAGUGGCUGUUUCCUGACGCUGAGCUCUGCCCCCUGUUGGAUAACACAGGAACUACAGUUCAGCGCUGUCAGCUCAUCGACAACACAAGAUCUCACAGCAGGAGUCAGCAGGUGAUCGGUUGGCUGGUGGUGGCUGAAGGUUCUCCGGCCGUUCUUGUCCGUCCUUUCCAGAGAUGCCAAAAACACUGCAGAUCCUUCGACCUGUGGCUGGAGCCAGGAGACAUGGUCUACGCUGAUCCGCACUACUGGAUUCUGGAGCUGUUCCCGAGCGGAGGUCAGGAGGUCGUGUGUGACGGUCCGGUGCUCUGAGAGCUCACGUGCGGAGCUCACAUGAACUUGAACAUUCUGUGCGAGUCUCAUGAUGUCACUUCCUGAGGAGAGUUGAGACGGAGAUCUGGAGACUGAGAACUUCUGCAGUGAGACGCUGCUCCUCUCAGGUCUGCUGAGAAAAAAAGGAUUUCGGCACAUCGCUUGUUUAGAUUCGUCUUUCUUUUUUGAUUUACAUGCUCACACAUGAAGAUGAAGACAUGAUUUUCGUCUGUCGAGCUCCUGUGAUUUUGAUUUCUCAGUUUAGUGACGGUCGUGUGUGGAGCUCACCAAAACUGUCAUUUUCACACUUUUCACCCUGAAAUGAAACGACAAGAAAUUAGAUUUUGCAUGAGGGUUAAGUUUUUACAUCACAUUCCUCCCCCAAAUUAGAAUUAUUGUGACGCCAAAGAUAAAAUUGACAUUUAAUUUGCAAAUAAUUCCAAUUCUCUGACGCUCCUGCUGAUCAGCCAAUCAAAGCACUUUAAAUGUUUGUCAUCAGCUGAUGAUGUCACAUCCUGAUGGAACUCUUGUUGUGAGUGUCACACGCGCGGUCUGUAAAGUGUGCGGCCAGUUAGGUGCAGUUUUCCUUCUCCACCAAUCAGAGACUAUUGAAUGUGAUGACAUCAUGAUGCGUGUGGCGAUCAGACUGCACUGAUGGUCUGUCAGUGACACUUUAAAUAAAUUAUGUUUAUUCUCUGUGUAAAUAAUAAGAAUAAGAUGUUUAUGUGAUUACUAAUCUGAUUCAGAGAUUUAUGUUUUACUGCAGCAUUUACACAGUAAACAAAAAGUUGAUGGAAUGUUUGGGUUUUGUUUAUAACUGAACCUUUAAUCAAUUUUAAUUCAGAAACCAGAAAUAUAAUUGCUAAAUAAA